AUGCCUGACUUUAAUAUCAAAAAUGAGGUUUGUCUAAACUUCAGUGAUUUUGAUCUUUCUUCUUUCAAAGAUGAAGUUGAUGUUUUACGCUUGAUUUUAUAUCGAAACAAAAAUCAGCACCGCGUUUGGCGAUGGUGGAGAUACAUUGAAAUGAUAGCAAAACAUUGUUACCAGCUUAUUGAUAUUAUUGAAAAGCAGAAUCGACUUGAGAAGACAUGCCCUAAAGGAUUUUCCAAAUUACGAAAUAAAAAGGGUUUAAAGCGGAAACAUGAGCCCUCAAAUUUAAGUAAACGUGCGAUAAAACGCAAAGAAAAAUGCGAUGCAAGAAUCAAAUACUUUGAAAAGGUUGAAAAAGCAGAACUUGACAAGGCUCAUAGAGAAAACGAUGAAAACGCAGAUAUAACCAAAAUCGACCUUGCACAUAAAAAUCAAAACGACGAGCAUAUAAAGUACAUCCCCCCUGGAACACAAUCAAGAUUUAAACAAGCAUAUAAAAUUUCGUUACUUUUACACGAGAAACUUAUUCCAACUGCAUAUCGAAGUUUCCAUCGUCAAAUAUUUGCAUUAGCAUUUUUCAUUACUUUGGGGUUUGGUUUACUGGGCUCCAUUUCCAAGAUUUUUUCAAUGGUUGAAACCCUUGUUUUACAAUGCGGCAGAAUAAAAAGUGAAUCAACUAGAGAAAUUGCACAGUCAAUGAUUAGUUUACAAAAAGCGGGAAUUGAUAAUGUUAAACAAAAAGUAAACCAAAAAAAGGAUGCUCAGAUUUUGGAAGACGAAGAAAAUACAAAUGAGGAUAUUGGAGAAAAAGUUUCUUUAGAAGAUUUACAAAAGUUUCUAAAAAAUGAAGACGAAAAUAAAAUUGUGGAUAACUCUUCAAUUAAACCAUCAGAAAAUCCAUCAACUUUCGAAGAUUUAAAACAAAGCGAAGUCACAACUAAGAAAAUAACUAAAGUCAAACAGAAAAAGCGAAAAAGGAUAGAUCAGGAAGAAGAGGCAACUGAACCAACACUAGCAAAGACUAAAAAAUCUAGAAAAUCACAGGACCUUCAACCAAAUGACCAAAACACUAGUACUGAAAAGAAGCAAAAGAAAAAGAAAAAGAAGGCAAGUGAAAUUGAUGAUAUAUUUGGCGGAUUACUGUAA